AUGAGCUCAGUCAGGUCUGGACACCGUACAGUUCUGGGUCCUUCUAAGCCAGCUGGUCUGGCUUACCUUCUUCAGCGAGCCAACUUGUUUUGACACGAGGAACCGAACGGCGAGCCCACAGCUGGACCUGGCGGGGACGACUUCUUCCCGGCGAAGACGACGCAGUGGUGUUUGCACGUGACCGUGGAGGAUCGCCGCCGCUGGACGGACCGUUGGCGGGAAAGUCAUGCAGCAGUGACUCGCACAGCCUGGAAGACCGUGAAGGCAUCAUCAUCACCGUCGCGUGUUGCGUUGGAGUGCUCGGACUUGGUUGGACCAGGACCUGUCUGCACUCUGCACCGGACCCGGGACCGCUUGACAACUUAAUUGGGACACAUAUGGACGAGAAGAAGUUGGACUCGUACCCAGCAGGACUCGAAGUCAGAGAUUGAAGAGCGAGAGAGCUGAGGACUAACUACAAAGACAACAAAGCAGACGGCAAAGAUGGGAAGGAAAAAGAUCCAGAUCGCUCGCAUCGUGGACGAGCGUAACAGACAUGUGACGUUCACCAAGCGCAAGUUUGGUCUGAUGAAGAAGGCGUACGAGCUGAGCGUGUUGUGCGACUGCGAGAUCGCGCUCAUCAUCUUCAACAGCACCAACAAACUCUUCCAGUACGCCAGCACCGACAUGGACAAGGUCCUGCUCAAGUACACCGAGUACAACGAGCCUCACGAGAGCAGGACCAACUCUGACAUUGUGGAUACUCUGCGCAAGAAAGGCUUAAACGGCUGCGACAGUCCCGACAUCGAGGCCGACGACUCUGCGGGUCAGAGCCCCGAGGCGGACGAGAAAUACCGCAAAAUCAACGAGGACAUCGACCUGAUGCUUAACAGGCAGAGAAUCUGCCAGGGUAUGCCUGCCUCCAGCUACGACAUGGGCAUGACCCUCCCGGGCGGCAGCCCCUCCGGACUACUGUACUCCCACCCCGGCCUCGGGGGCGGUGUUGGCAGCCACAGCCUGCUGCCUUUACAACACCCUUCCCUGCAGAGGAACAGCAUGUCCCCCCAGCGGCCCCCCAGCACUGAAGACACAGGCCUGCUGGGUUCUGACCUGCCGAGCACUGUGGUCACCACUGGAAAUUGCGGCUACAACACCCAGUGCCCCUCCCCCUCGCUCAUGUCCCCGGGGGGCGUGGCCAAGACCAUGCAUGACAAAAGUCCUCCGUCCAUGAGCAUGAGCCGCAAGCCGGACCUGCGACCGCUGAUGGCGCCGACCAACAAGUGCGGCAACAUGCCGAGCGUUUGUGAGGACUUUGACAUGAUGCUGAACCAGAGGAUCAAUCACUCUCAGACGGCGCAGACGCUGACGAGCCCGGCCGUGUCCGUGGCGGCCCAGUCUCUGCCCGGCGGGGGGAUGGGCGGGUACCCGUCCUCGCUGUCCUCUUACGGCACAGACUUCUCCCUGGGCGGAGACCUUUCCUCCUUGUCCGCCUUUGGAUCUUCCGGUCUGGGAUCGGUGAGCAACUGGCAGCAGCAACAGAUCCAGAACCUCCAGCACUCCACGCUGGGACACAUGGGAAACUUGUGCCACAACUCCAACCUCAACUUCCUGUCCGUACACCAGAACCUGCACAUCAAGUCCGAACCGGCGUCCCCGCCCCGAGACCGCGGCGCCGCCAUGGUGGGUACCAGACUAGGAGGCGGGAUCACGAUGGCGGGCCACUCCCCCGCCAACAGCGCGUCCAGCUGCGGGAGCUCGUACGACGCCGGCGAGGAUCGCGACGACCACCUCGGCGGCGCCGACAACUUCCUCCUGCGGCCGCCGUCCGGCCAGGAGGACCGCCACAGCCCGUCAGUCAAACGCGUGAGGCUGACCGAGGGCUGGGCUACAUGAUGGGGGGGCGGGGGAGGGGUUGACGCGGUCGGGAAGGGGGCGGGGUUGUUAGCGACGUUACCUUCUAGUGUUAUUUUAUUCUAAUGAUCGUAUUAAUCAUGUGCUGAGUGGGCGUGUCUUUGUGUCUUGUCAUUCAGGCUACUGGUUUCCAUGGUGACGCUGGCAACGACACCUUUUGUGAGUCAAAAUGAAGUUGGGGAAAACAAUGAAGCUUGGGUAAAAAAGAUCUAAAAAGUGAAAAAGUGACCUUAUAGUAGUAAUCAUAACAAUAUUGUUUUGUGACCAUUCAUUAUCUUAUUCAAUUAGGACAUUUUUACAAAACAAUUUUAACUCGUGAGACUUUAUUUAUAAAGCGAAUAAAGCUUUAAUGAGACAUAAUGCAAGUUAAUGAAGACGUUUUAAUACAAGAUAAUAAAGAUAAACGUUAAUACGGGUUGAUAACACUUAAUUAAUGGUCAAUUAGGUGUUAAUACAACGUUAGUUAAAAGAGCAUUAAACUUUAAUGAGGACUAAUAGAAGUUCAUCAAGCAUCAGGUCAGAAGGAGAGAGAGAACAGGAAGUGUGAGGGCGGCGACCGGAAGGCGGGAAGUUGAUGCAUGAUGAGGAAGUUGGAAGAAAUUCACCUUAAUGGGAGUGGAGGGAAGAGUGGAUCGGUGCGGCGUCUUCAGUAAUGCGGACGCUGUAUCGAUCCGUUGUGGUGAAGAAGGAGCUGAGCCGGAAGGCAAAGCUCUCAAUUUACCGGUCGAUCUACACUCUUAGAAAUAAAAGUGCUAAGUAGAACCAUAUAAGGUUCUUCGGCUCGUCCUCAUAGGAGAACCCUUUUUUGGCUCCAGGUAGAACCUUUUUAUAAAGGUUCCACCUGGAACCCUUUUGGAGGGUUCUACCUAGAACUGUUGUGUGUAAGGUUCCACCCAGAACCCCCCAUGAGAGGUUCUACAAAGAACCCACGCAGGGAGUUCCACUAAGAACCUUUUCAUGUUUCAAGGGUUUCAUCUAGAACCCACACAGGGAGUUCCACUAAGAACCCUUUUCGUAUUUCAAGGGUUUAAUCUAGAACCCACACAGGGAGUUCCACUAAGAACUCUUUUGUAUUUCAAGACUUUCAUCUAGAACCCACGCAGGGAGUUCCACUAAGAACCCUUUCGUAUUUCAAGGGUUUCAUCUAAAGUUAAAGUUAAAGUACCAAUGAUUGUCACACACACACUAGGUGUGGCGAAAUUAUUCUCUGCAUUUGACCCAUCACCCUUGAUCACCCCCUGGGAGGUGAGGGGAGCAGUGGGCAGCAGCGGUGGCUGCGCCCGGGAAUCAUUUUUUGGUGAUUUAACCCCCAAUUCCAACCCUUGAUGCUGAGUGCCAAGCAGGGAGGUAAUGGGUCCCAUUUUUAUAGUCUUUGGUAUGACUCGGCCGGGAUUUGAACUCCCAACCUACCGAUCUCAGGACGGACACUCUAACCACUAGGCCACUGAGUAGGUAGAACCCACACAGGGAGUUCCACUAAGAACCCUUUCGUUUGUCGAGGGUUUCAUCUAGAACCCAUGCAGGGAGUUCCACUAAGAACCCUUUCAUGUUUCAAGGGUUUCAUCUAGAACCCACACAGGGAGUUCCACUAAGAACCCUUUCGUAUUUCAAGGGUUUCAUCUAGAACCCACACAGGGAGUUCCACUAAGAACCCUUUUGUAUUUCAAGACUUUCAUCUAGAACCCACGCAGGGAGUUCCACUAAGAACCAUUUUGUAUUUCAAGACUUUCAUCUAGAACCCACACAGGGAGUUCCACUAAGAACCCUUUCGUUUGUCAAGGGUUUCAUCUAGAACCCAUGCAGGGAGUUCCACUAAGAACCCUUUCAUGUUUCAAGGGUUUCAUCUAGAACCCACACAGGGAGUUCCACAAAGAACUCUUUCAGAAAGUUUCAAGGGUUUCAUCUAGACCUGACACAGGGGGUUCUAAAAACAUCCCUUUUCAAAGGUUUUCACCGAUAACCGUCUUGUCUUCUGAGGGUUCUAUAAAGAACCAUAUUAUAUUCUACAGAUCAGUUUAGUUCAUAUUAUAUUGUGGUCAUUUAUCAUGUUGACAUUGAACAAACAUUCAAAACAUUUGAAUGAGAAAAACAUUUAUUUAAAGAUAGGCACCAUUAUUGGCAAAUGUUAUCAGGAAGUAUGUCCCUGGUGACACAUGAUCUUACCCAUGCUUUCAACAAUCCCUGAAGAACUCUUUCUUCCAAAAACGGUUCUCUGGAUCAAAAUAGUUCUUACUGGAACCCUUAGUGUUAGUGAGAACCCUUUUAAAACCAAUUAUUCAGAAAAGGGGUUUUAAAGGGUUCUCUGGAUCAAAAUGGUUCUUACUGGAACCAUUAGC